CCUGGUUCUUACUAUCCUGUCAAUGAGUAAAGCCAGGAGACAGUUUCUCCUGUGUGAGUUUGUCUGCUCCUCCUAUUCGGGUCUCUCCUCUCCUCCACCAUGAUGCCACUGUGGCUCCCCAGAGGCUCCUGUGUGGCAGCUGUGGUCCUGGCCCUGAUGGUGCUGAUCCCUCCGGUGGCUUUGGUCAGGGACCCCCGACCUCGGUUCCUGUUUCAACCUAAAUACCAGUGUCAUUUCUACAACGGGACGCAGCGCGUGCGGUUUCUGGAGAGACACUUCUACAACCGGGAGGAGAUCCUGCGUUUCGAUAGCGAUGUGGGCGAGUACCGCGCGGUGACCGAGCAGGGGCGGCCUGAAGCCGAGUCCUGGAACAGCCAGAAGGAGUACCUGGAGCAGAAGCGGGCCUCGGUGGACACAUACUGCAGACACAACUACGGGGUUUUAGACAGCUUCAUUGUGCAGCGGAGAGUUGAGCCCCAGGUGACCGUGUACCCGACAAAGACGCAGCCUCUGGAGCACCACAACCUCCUGGUCUGCUCUGUGAGUGGCUUCUACCCCGGCCACAUUGAAAUCAGAUGGUUCCGGAAUGGCCAGGAGGAGAAGGCUGGGGUCGUGUCCACGGGCCUGAUCCGGAAUGGAGACUGGACCUUCCAGAUCCUGGUGAUGCUGGAGACGGUUCCUCAGAGUGGAGAGGUUUACACCUGCCAGGUGGAGCAUCCCAGCCUGAGCAGCCCUGUCACAGUGGAGUGGAGGGCUCAGUCCACAUCUGCACAGAACAAGAUGCUGAGUGGAAUCGGAGGUUUCGUGCUGGGUCUGCUCUUCCUCGGGCUGGGGCUGUUCAUCUACUUCAGGAGCCAGAAAGGACAGUCUGGGCUUCAGCCGACAGGACUCCUGAGCUGACUGAGGUGACAAGACUGAAGGAAGGAGCUUCCCCUGUCUCCAUGGCUUCAGUUGCUCCAUUGACAAUGCUGCCCCAGGACCUGGCUCCUCCUGGCUCUGGACCCUGCAGACCUGUGCUCCCUGAUGGCUGACUCAGCCCUGCCUGGUCCUGGCAGCACCAGACAGAACUCCCCUCCCCUCCCCUGUCCCUCUCCUUUUUGUCCCCUGUACUUUGUCUGAGCUUCUGAGCCAGGCAGCCGUUAUAAUGCUUUCUUACAUUUUUGUCAAAUAAACAAAGAAUUAAAAUAA